AAAUUAUUUGAUUUCAUGACGUAUCGAGUAUUUUUGUUAUCAGUGUUAGUAUUUAGCAUGAAUUGCAAUACAAUAAUAAGAACAGAUGCAAGAUGUGUUUGCAAAUAAUGGAAAUUGGCUUUUGAAUGCGCAAGUGAUUGGGAUUGUGCAUGGAAUAGCAAUACAAAAGUAUGCGAGUAGGAAGAAUGUUCAAGCAUAAAAAAUUAAUCAAUAUGUUCAGCUGAUGAAGGUUGUCAAUUUAGGGAUGGAAAAUGUGAAAAUUUUACAAAAUGUGAAGAUUUAAAAGGGAAAACAAUUAAUGAAUGUAGAUUGAUGUCUACAAAUUGUAGAGAGAGUAAUGGUGAACAUUGUUUACCAAAUACUUUAGAAAGAAAAUGUGAUAAGUUUAUAAAUGAAGGAGAAUGUCUAUAAGGUUAAGAUGGAUUUUGUUUAUGGGAAGAUUCAAAAUGCAUUUUAUGGAGCAAUUGUUAACAAGCUAAAUAGAAAACUUAAUGUUAAAAGUUGCCUUAAAGUUGUGAUUGGUCAGAAACUCUUAAAAUAUGUAUAUAAAAAGAAUGUUCAGAAAUUGAUCAUGAAUAUGAUUGUAUAGCAGUAUAAUUAGAACCUAAUAGUCAUUUAUAUAAAGUUUGUGAAUGGAAUCAUAUAUUAAAAUAGUGCGAAUAAUCUAUACCAGAUGCUUUAACAUUUGAUACAUGUGCUAGUAAUACAUUAUAAGCUUAUCAUUGGUCAAGUUCAAAUGCAAGUGAAGGUUUCUGUGAAUAAUGUUUAUCACCAAAUGUUUAAAAACCAUCUCCUAAACAUUGUCUUUGCUAAUCUAUAGAGACUUAAUUAGAUUGUUAAUAAAAUUAGACUUGUACUUGGAGAGAUGGAUCAUGUUUAGAAAAAGCAUGUUAUCAAAUUGAUCCACCUUAAGCUUGUAUCUAAUUAGAUCAUUGUGCUUGGUUUGCUAAUGCUUGUGUAGAAUUCACUCAAUGUGAAAAUUAUAAAGCUUUUUCUAAUUUAGAAUGCUAAUCUAUAAAUAAAAAAUGUUUGUUAUCAGAUACAUUAGAAACAUGUACUUCCUUAAAUCUCGAAUGUAAUGCACAUAAAACUGAUGAUAAAUGUAAUGGAAGCAAAAAUUCUAAAUAACAAUUAUGCUAUUGGGAUGAAAAAAUUAAUAUAUGUUAAGUUUGGACAUAAUGUUCUUAAUAAUAAUAAGCUACUUAUUGUGAGUUUAGUGGAGCUUGCUUCUGGAAUGGAAAAUGUGAAUAAAUUUAAUGCUCAUUAUUAAAUGAAUAAUCAUGUAAUCAUUAUUUAGCAGCCCCUGAUUCCAAAUAAUGGAAAUAUUGUAUGCUCAAUGGAGAAACUUGCUAGGAUUUGAAAUCUGAAAAUCUAAGUAAAGAAGAAUGCUAUGCUUUAUCUUAUGGGAUUAGUACAUGGACUUCUUCUGAAUGCUAAAUGUGCAAAUUUCCAGACCCUGACAAUUUCACAAAAAUUCUAACAUAUAUUGGCAUGAUUAUUAUAGCAAUGUUAUGA